CAUUCACAAAAGGUGUAGGAAAAUGUCACAAUUCACGAAUGAUUGCUAUAUCGCAGCAGACGGGUAUGUCCGCGCAUAAACGGCAAACCUGCGGCAAACUCCCGACACAAACACACCAUCACACCGUACAACAAAUAAGCACAACACGUUUACAAAACAUGAAACAAUACUUUCAAUAACGUUAACGAAGUCCAUAUAUCGCGAUCAGAGAGGAGAGACGCUGUGUAUGUAUGGAUGCGUGCGUGUGAGAUUAAAUUAAGACUCAUGUUCUCUCUCCCUCUCCCGCACUCGCGGUAAAGCGGGCAAACAGUCCAUAAAGUCCAUAAUAGCGAGAAGGGAAAUGUUAAACUUCUCACUCAGACCAAUCAGAUUCAAUCUCUACCAAAGUCCCUCCCCUUGACUGAACUGUUCUGAAUGAGGAAGUGAGUUCAACAGCGCAACAGUUUAGUCGAGUAGUGACACGCUGGUGGAAUAUGAGUUUUGUGUCGGAUAAUAUUAGAAUCGGAUUGAUUUGGACUCUUGUUUCAACAGAAGUUCAAGUGACUAUGCAUUGACUAGCCUACUAGCAUUCAAACUACCGGAAAGUGUAAAUAAUACAGAGAAGGGACUUGAACUGAACUGAACUUGAAGUUGUACUGAAUAAGAAAAUGGCUUCUACAUGUUUUGCAGAGGAGGAUUUCACCUGUCCUGUUUGCUUUGAAAUCUUCAAGGAUCCCGUCAUCCUCUCCUGUAGUCACAGCGUCUGUAAAGCCUGUCUGCAGCAGUUCUGGGACACUAAGGAAUCUACAGAAUGCCCAGUCUGUAGGGUAAUAUCUUCAUAUGACAAACCUCCACUUAACCUCCACUUAAAGAACCUUUGUGAGACCUUCGUACUGGACAGAAGUCAGAGAGCUUCAGCAGGGUCUGAGGUGCUCUGCAGUCUGCACAGUGAGAAACUCAAGCUCUUCUGUCUGGAGGAUAAACAGCCUGUGUGUUUGGUGUGUCAGACCUCAAAGAAACAUAAAAACCACAGAUUCAGUCCCAUAGAUGAAGCACCACUGGACUGUAAGGAGGAGCUCAAGGUCAAACUGCAGCCCUUACAGGAGAAACUGAAUACCUUUGAGGAGGCUAAACUCACCUGUGACCAAACGGCAGCUCAUAUUAAGACUCAGGCCCAACACACAGAGAGGCAGAUCAAGGAGGAGUUUGAGGAGCUUCACCAGUUUCUACGGGAUGAAGAGGCAGCCAGGUUAGCUGCACUGAGGGAGGAAGAGGAGCAGACGAGUCAGAUGAUGAAGGAGAAGAUUGAGAAGAUGAGCAGAGAGAUCUCAUCUCUUUCAAACACAAUCAGAGCCAUAGAAGAGGAGAUGGGAGCUGAUGACAUCACAUUCCUGCAGGAGAGGGUUUCAGGAGCUCUGAUCAAUGUGGCAAAACACCUGGGCAACCUGAAGUUCAGAGUCUGGGAGAAGAUGCAGGAGAUUGUUCAGUACACUCUUGUGACUCUGGAUCCCAACACUGCACACCCACUACUCACCCUGUCUGAGGAUCUGACCAGUGUGAGACGUGGUGAUGAGAGACAGCAGCUUCCUGAUAACCCAGAGAGAUUUUAUAUAUGUGUCUGUGUCCUGGGCUCUGAGGGCUUUAACUCAGGAACACACUGCUGGGAUGUGGAGGUUGGGGACAGUGAUAACUGGCGCCUGGGAGUGAAGACAGAGUCUAGUGAGAGGAAGGGAGUGAGUUACCUCAGUGGAGUCUGUCGUCUGUCUCAUAUUAAUGGUGUAUAUGCAGCAUGCUCUCCAUCCCAGCCAGACACUCGCCUCAGAGUGAAGCAGAAAUCCCAGAGGAUCAGAGUGCAGCUGGACUGGGACAGAGGAAAGGUGUCAUUCUAUGACCCUGAUAAUAACACACAUAUACACACUCUCACACACACUUUCACUGAGAGAGUGUUUCCAUACUUGUAUACUGACCCAGGCUGCACUCUUCGUAUUUUACCAGUAAAAUCUUGCAUAACGCUGAAGCAUCACAGUUAGAGCUCAUACAGCCUCUGUCUUACCAUGGAUGAUAAGAAUGCAAAACCCUGAUAGUAACACACAUCUAUAACAUCUAUUAGUCAAAGCUAAUUACCUGUCUUCAACAGGACUGGAAGCAAGCACACAAACAAUGCAGACUCAUUUCUGU